GCGCUGUCACACUGUCAGUGCAGCCGCCGCUGAACGCUUCUCACGCCCGACUCUUUCUCCUCCUCCCCCCUCCCUGCUGCCUCCUCCUUCGUCUUAUCCCCGAGAUCGUUUAAAGAUGCGUGCCGCGCCUGGAGGCGUGCGAUGCCCUGGGGUGACGGCGUUCGCAGGCAGAUGAGACGAGGGGAUGCAUCGGUGGUGUCUGGGCCCGCGCGUUGUGCGCCAAGAGGAGGAGGAGGAGCGGGCGGUGCGCGGGGCUCCGUGGCUUUUGUGUCGAAAUUUAAACAAAAAAAUCUAAAGCCCCCCCCCCCCCGCCCCGUUUCUCUUAAACUCCGGUUUCUCCUAAACCCUGUGACCCCCCCCCACGCCGCACACCGCCUCCUGCCACCCCACGCGCCGCCCUCCCUCCCUCCCUCUCGCGUUGUCGCGGCAGCGGCGGUGAUGCUCGAUGCCGACUCCCCUCCUUCGUCAUCGCCUCGACCGUCCCUCCUCGGCCGCCACCCCGCGCCCCGUUACCUCCGCGUGCCGGGGACGAGCAGCGACCGGGGCUCUCUCGGGUGGUGUCGCGGGCGGUGAGGGCGAGGUGAGGUGCCGCGUCUCCGUGGACAGCGCGAGUCGGAGAAUCGUGAAUUCGCCGAAGGCUCUCACGGCUCCCUGGACCGCCGCCGCCCAUCCCCCUGCCCCCUUCGGCUCGUCUCGCCCGUCCUCUCGUCCACCAGCCCUCGCUCCUCUCGCUGCCCGCUCGUCCACCUCCUCGAAGGCGACCAGCAGGAGGGGACAUGGCGAGCCGAGGCGGCGCUGCUGCCGUCGGCUCGCUGUGCUGCUGGUUGACGUUCCUCGCGUCCCUCUCUCCUCCGGGUGCCUCGGGGGUCCAGCUGGAGCUCCGCAUCCUAGAGGAGCAGCCCGCGGGGGCCCCGGUCGGGGACCUUAGCGCGGCGCUGCCGAGCGGCACGGUGGCCCACGGCUUCUUCAUCUCGGACUCGGGCGACUCGGGCGUGAACGACGCCUUCCACAUCGCGCAGCUCACGGGCGCCAUCGUGACGGCGCGUCCGCUGGACCGCGAGGCUCGGGACCGCUACUCCUUCGUGGCCGUGACGCUCAGCGGGGUCACCAUCUCGGUGCUCAUUCACGUGGCGGACGUGAACGACCACGCGCCGCGGUUCCCGCGCGCCGACGUCGGCUUCAACGUGUCGGAGCGGACCCCCCGGGGCACGCGGCUGCCGCUGGACGCCGCGGUGGACGCCGACGUGGGCGAGUUCGACGUCCAGGGCUACGAGAUCAGGGACGGCAACGCGGGAGGCGCGUUCCGCCUGGACGCGAGCCGGGCGGCCGCGGGCAACGUGGAGCUGGUGGUGGACGGCCCGCUGGACCGCGAGAGCGUCGCUCGCUACGAGCUGCUCCUCGAGGCGUUCGACGGAGGCAUCCCACCUCGACGCGGGGCCCUGCGCGUGCACGUGGCCGUGCUCGACGUGAACGACAACUCGCCCGUGUUCAACCAGACGCGCUACGACGUCGCCGUGUCCGAGAACACGGCCCCGGGGACCGCCAUCCUGCGCGUGUUUGCGACGGACAAGGAUGACGGUCCCAACGGGGUGGUCAUUUACUCCAUCAACCGCAGGCAGAGCGACCCGGACGAGAUCUUUGUGAUCGACGCGCACGCCGGGGUGAUUACGCUGAGCCAGCCGCUGGACUUCGAGACGAAGACCGUGCACGAAUUGGUCAUCCAGGCGCGGGACAACGCCACCCAGCCGGAAUACGACGUCGCCUUUGUGACGAUCAACGUGGAGGACUACAACGACAACCAGCCCAGCAUUAGCAUCAUCUUCCUGAGCGAGAGCGGCGAGGCGGAGAUCUCCGAGGGCGCGUCGCCCGGAGAUUUCGUCGCUCGGAUCUCGGCGUCGGACCCCGACGCCGCAGACCGCGCGCAAGUGAACGUGUCCAUGGCCGGGGGCGACGGAAAAUUCGGGUUGACCACCAAGGACACCGUGGUUUACUUAAUUUGCGUGGACCAAUCGUUGGACCGGGAGGAGAAGGACGCGUACAGCAUCACGGUGGUGGCCACCGACUCGGGGUCACCUCCACUGCGGGCCACGGCCAAUUUCUCCCUGCAGAUCCGAGACGUCAACGACAACGCCCCCGUGUUCGAGCAGGCAGAGUACCUCGCUUCCGUCCCAGACUCCGCUCCGGUAGGCACGCCCGUGCUGCAGGUGAGCGCCGCGGACCGCGACUCCGGCGUCAACGCGGACGUGCGCUACGCCCUGGAGGCCUCGGCGCGCGGCCACCCGGCGGCGUGGUUCAGCGUGGACCCCUCCUCGGGUUGGUUGCGCACCGCCGCGCCGCUCGACCGCGCGGCCCAUCCGAGGCCCCGCCUCACGGUCGUGGCGAGGGACGACGGCCGGCCGUCGCUGUCCGCGUCCGCGGCCGUCACCGUCACGAUCGAGGAUGCCGCCGGCCUCCACGGCCUCGACGCCGGGCCGCCCGUGUUCUCGCAGGUCGUGUACAACACCUCGCUGCCGGUGAACGCGCGCGCGGGCACCUGCUUCCUGCAGGUGCGCGCGAGCCUCCCCCGAGGAGGCGGCGGUGGCACCGGCCCCGUGAGCUUCUCCCUGGACGGCGCGCGCGGGGGGCCCGUCCCGUUCAGGAUCGACCCCCCCUCUGGGUGGAUCUGCACCACGGGGGCCCUGGGGCCCGACGCGGCUCCGUACCUCCUCGCCGCACGCGCACACGACGGGGCCGGGCACACCUCUCAGAGCUUGGUGCGCGUGUCGCUGGGCUCCGUGACCCCGAGGCCCCCCGAGUUCUACCCGGCCACGUACACGGUGCACGUGCUGCGGGGGAGUGCGGCCGGCACGCGUGUCACCGCCGUGGUGGCCACCGACGGCUCUCCCGGCCCGCUGAUUUACUCCAUCGGCUCCGGCAACCAGGACUCGCUGUUCCGCCUGGAGCCGUCCAGCGGGGUGAUCUCGCUGGCUCGGCACGCGGGGGACGUGCCCGCCACGGUGCGAGCGCUGUCCGUGCGGGCGCGCGGAGCCGGGGGCCUCUCCCACGCCCCGGCGAACGUCAGCGUCAGCUUCGUGUCCCCGGGCCGUGCCGCACCGCUCUUCUCGCGCGAGCGCCACACCGAGUCCGUGCCGGAGGACGCGCGCGUCGGGACCAGCGUGGGGACCGCACGCGCCAGCAGCACCGCCGGGCGCGUGCGUCACACCCUGUCGGGGGGCGACCCCCACGGCCGCUUUGCGGUGGAGCCGCUGAGCGGCACCAUCCGAACGCGGGCCCCGCUCGACCACGAGACGGCGCCGGUCGCGACGCUCGCCGUGACGGCGUCCUCGGGCGAACCUCCCGUCUACAGCACCGCCACGGUCACCGUCCUCGUCGGCGACGUCAACGACAACGCGCCCACCUUUGCCGCCGGCCGGAAUGACGCCGUCGCUCUGCCGCGUGGCGCCCGGGUCGGCUCGGCCGUUUACACGGCGCGGGCGACGGAUGCCGACUCGGGACCGAACGGCCAGGUGCGAUACCGGCUGCGGGCGAGUGCCGGAGGCCGAUUCGGGGUGAAUUCGUCCACCGGAAGCGUCACCCUCCUGACAUCCCUGAGCACGGAGCCGGGCGACGUCUCCCGCCAGGUGGUCGUGUUGGCCGAAGACGCCGGAACGCCGGCGCUCACGGCCACCCUCACCCUGUCCGUGCUGAUGCCGGGAGAUCGGGGCGGGUUGGCGUUCGAACAGGAGACGUACCACUUAGCGGUGGGCGUCAACACGGCGCCCAACACGCGUCUGCUGCGGCUGAGCGCCAGGGGGGACGGCGGGGACUCCAGGGUGGCCUACGGCCUGCGGGACGCCGGCCAGGCGGCGGGAGCCGCCGGCGGCGGCGGCGGCGUGUCGGUGGCGCCGUCGGACGGCUGGCUGUACGUGCGGCGCUCCCUGGAGAGGGAGGCGCCGGGCGUGCGCACGCUGCACGCGCUCGCCUGGGACCCGGCCGCGCCGAGUGAGCGCACGGCCACGGCGACGGUGAGCCUCACCGUGACGGCCGCGCGGGACGGCGGCUCCUGCGCGCCGGGCGUGGGCGCGCGCCGGCUGCACGUGCCGGAGAACCGGCCGGCGUGGACGAGCCUCGGCGGGAUGCCCCAGGCCGCCGGCGGUCAACUGGCGCGCGCCCAGUACCGCCUCUCGCCGGCCCACGACCACUUCCACAUCGACGCCGUGACAGGUGAGCUCAGCACGCGGAUGGCGCUGGACAGGGAGGAACAGGACGAGUAUCGCCUCCAGGUGGUGGUCACUCGGGCCGGCGCGGAGGAGAGCGUCACGGUGUGCGUGACAGUCACCGACGACAACGACAACACUCCCACCUUCCUCACCAUGGCAACAAACCCGCUGGAGCUCCAGGUUCACCCCGGGGCUGAUUCCGGCUGGACGCUGGGCCGCCUCACGGCCCUGGACCCGGACGCUGGGGAGAAUGGCACCGUAGUCUACUCCUUGGCGGGUCCAGACGCGCCUUGGUUCCGGAUACACGCCGACAGCGGCGUGGUGAGCACGGCCGGCUGGCUCGGCGCCGAGCGGACUCGAUACUCCCUGGUGGUGACGGCGGCCGACAGGGGCCAACCUCCUCUCAACAGCUCCAUGCCGCUGCACGUGCAGGUGCGGGCUACGAAGGGCCUCGUGGAGGCUCCCGAGUCCUCGGUGGUCGAGCUCGUGGCGGUGGAGGGAACCAGGCCGGGCACCGUGAUCGGCUCGGUUUGCGCCAAUGCCAGUUCCGGGGUGGGCUGUAAGAGCGACGCGGAGGUCUUGUACCGCAUUGUGGGGGGCACCGAUCGAUGGGGGACAUUUGGAGUGGAUGCGACGACCGGACACGUCUACCUGGCACGCGAGCUGGACUACGAGGUCUCCCCCACGUACCAGCUGCAGGUUGCCGUGGAGACGGUGACGGCUGCGUUCACGUCGCCCGGCCGCUCCCUGCUGCUCGUGUCCGUGAGCGUCACGGACGUGAACGAGCACGCGCCAAGGUUUGCGCAGGAGGCCCCGCGCAUCUCUGUGCAGGAGGGCCUCCCCGUGGGCCGUGCCGUGCACACGUUCCGGGCGACGGACGCCGACGGAAGCCUCCCGAACCGCGACGUCCGCUACGAGCUCGCGCUGCAGACGCCCGGCUCCCCCGCGGCGUUUGCGCUCGACCCCGUGAGCGGCGUGCUCAGCACCGCCGCGGCCCUGGACCGCGAGGCCGUCCCGGCGUUCCUGCUCGUCGUCAGGGCGACGGACCAAGCGCGCGAGCCCGCUCGGCGCCGGGCCUCCGAGGUCACGGCGCUCGUGACGGUCGGCGACGACAACGACAACGCCCCCGUGUUCCUGUCGGCCAAUCGCAGCGCCGUGCCGGAGAACGCCCCCCCCGGGUUUCCCAUAAUGCACGUGGUGGCGCGGGACGCCGACCUCGCCGAGAACGGCACCGUGCGCUACGCGAUUGCCGACGGCGACAAGGACGGGGCGUUCGACCUGCACCCCGUCACAGGCCUGCUCUCCGUGGCGCGGCCGCUGGAUCGCGAGCGGAGAGCCGAAUACACGAUCACGGUCGACGCUCGCGAUGGGGGGCGGCCCCAGCGCAGCAGCAGCCUGCUCGUCACGGUCGCCCUGCGCGACGUCAACGACGAACCCCCGCGCUUCCCGCAGCACGAGCAGGCGGCCAGCGUGCGGGAAAACGCGGCCCCCAACACCCCCGUGACUCGACUGCAGGCCACAGACCCAGACGCAGGGGCGAACGGAGCGCUGGAGUUUGAGAUCCCGGAGGGGGUGGCUGACGGCUGCUUCCGCAUCCACCGCUCGUCGGGGCAGAUGAGCACGACGAGGAGCCUGGACCGGGAGGAACGGGGCGAGUACGACGUUCCCGUGUUGGUGCGGGACGGGGGCCGGCCCGCACGCUGGGCCGUCACGGUGGUGCGUGUCGCGGUGGUGGACGAGAACGACCACGCUCCGCGGUUCGGCCCGCACUUUGCCGGGAUGCAGCUGCAGGUUCCCGAGAACCGCGAGCCGGGACCGCUGCUUCCGCUGUCGGCGUGGGACCCGGACGCCGGGGAGAACGGGCGAGUCACGUUCCACAUCGUGGGUGGCGACCCGCGCGGGGACUUCCUCGUGCACGCGGACGAGGGCCUGCUGUCGACCGCGCGGCCGCUGGACCGCGAGGCCGUCUCCUCCUACGAGCUGCGGCUGGAGGCGCGGGACCGGGGGGAGCCGGCGCGCUCGCACGCCAUCGCGGUCUCCGUGUCGGUGACGGACGAGAACGACCACGCGCCCGCCUUCCCGCAGCCCGCUUACCAGGCCUCCUUGCCGGAGGACGCGCCCCCGGGCACCUCCGUGCUGCGGGCGGCGGCCGUCGACCCGGACCAGGGCCCCAACGCGGCGCUGGCGUACUGGCUGGAGGGCUCCGCCGGCGGGGCCUUCCGGGUGGACGAGCGCUCGGGGACGGUGCGCACGCGCUCGCCGCUGGACCGCGAGGCGAGGGACUCGUACCGCUUCUUCGUGGUCGCGGCGGACUCGAGCCCCAGCCACCCGCGCAGCGCCUCUGUGGCCGUCACCGUGACCGUGCGGGACGUCAACGACAACGCGCCCGUAUUCCUGCAGGAGCUGCUGGAGGUGGGCGUGCCGGCGGCCUCGGUGGACGGGGAGGUGCUGGGGCGGCUGCAGGCCCGGGACGCGGACUACGGGCCCAACGCGGCCGUGCUCUACCGCGUCCAGGACCCGCGCGUCACGGUGGACAGCCGCACCGGCGAGCUGCGGGCCCGGCCGGCCUGGGGGGGCGCGCCGACCUCCUGGGACCCAAUCGUCGUCACGGCGACGGACCAGGGCAGCCCGCCCCACUCCGCGUCCGCGUUGCUGCUGCUGACGCGGCAAAACGCGGCGCACGCCGCGCUCCGCUUCUCUCGCCAGCUGUACGCGGCGACGCUGCCGGAGCACACGCCCAGAGGCACCAUCGUCGCCACAGUGGAGGCUGCGUAUCAGGAUGGAUCCAGUGGCCGCAUCAUCUACAGCAUCGUCCCCAUCAACAACCAAAACAUUUUCUACAUUGACAGCAACACAGGGGCGGUGCGCGUUCAGGACGCGGCCGCGCUGGACUACGAGGCCUCCCCGCGUCUCCGGGCGGUGGUGUCGGCCAAGGCCGAGGCAGGAGGGGGUCGAGGGCCCCAGGCGUUCGCCGUGCUGGAGGUGACGCUGACCGACGUCAACGACCACGAGCCGGUGUUCCAGCACGACCGCUACGUGGCCUUCGUGCGCGAGCAGAGCGGCUACGGCACCGACAUCGCCACGGUGCUGGCGAAGGAUCGAGACGAUGGCUCCAGCCGGGAACUCGUCUACUCCAUCCCAUCCGUCGAGCACGCCAGCAUCUUCCAGAUCAAUCGCCAUGGGAACAUCAGCACGAACACCAUCCUGGACCACGAGAUCACCGAUUUCUACAGGGUGGUGGUGUGGGCGGUGGAUCAGGGCAGCCCACCCCUCACGGGCUCCACAACGCUCUCCGUGUUCGUGGUGGACACCAACGACAACACGCCCACCAUCCCGCGGCCCCCCAAGCUCAGCCUGCGUGAAGACGUGGAGCCCGGCUCUCUGGUCACCCUGGUGACGGCCAACGACGUCGACUCGUACCCGGCCCUGGAGUACAGCUUGGCGGCGGGAGCCGGCGGCGCGCCGGCGAGCGGGCCCCACGUGGCGGAGGGCGGGGGGGCCGGCGGGCCCUUCGGAUUGGUGCGCUGGCAGGGCCAGCUGCUGCUGUCGCGCGCGCUGGACCGGGAGAGGGCGGCGCGGCACACGGUGUCGGUGCUGGCGUGGGACGGGCGGCACGCCACCGUGGGCAACCUCACCCUGCACGUUACCGACGUCAACGACAACGCGCCCGCGUUCGACCAACCGCACUACCGGGCCUCCGUGGUGGCGGACAGCCCCGAGGGCACGGCCGUCGCGAGGGUGGUGGCGCUCGACCCGGACGCGGAGGAAAACGGCCGAGUGUCGUACCGCGUGGCGUCGUCCAGCACAGCCGGGUUCUCCGUCCACCAGCUCAACGGCUCGGUGGUGGUGACGGAUCCCCUGCAGGUGAACUCGAGCGACGGCUUGGCCUGGUUGGUGGUGGAGGCACGAGAUGGCGGGCGUCCCCCGCUCACCGCCUCCGUUCCGGUGUUCGUCGAGCUCUCGCGAGGCCCCGUGUCUCCUCCCCUGCUGCGUGUGCACGUGGCCCGGGCGCACGGCCUGUCGGUGAGCGAGGACGCCGCCAGCGGCACGGUGCUCACCACGCUCACCGCAGAAACGGCGCCGCGCGACGGCGAGGGCGUGGCGUACAGCAUCGUGGCCGGGGACGAGGGAGGCAUCUUUGCCGUCGACACUCGGCGAACGUCGUCCACGGCAGCCCCCGACGCGACGGGAAGCCUCCUGCUGCUGGGACCACUUGACUUUGAGACCAAAGCAUUUUACAACCUGACGAUCGUGGCAUUUGACGGCACGGGUGCCCACGGCAACGCGACCGUCAAUGCGAUCGUGCGCGUCACCGACGUGAACGAUAACCCGCCCGUCUUCAGCACCCCAGAGUACCACGCGAGCGUCGACGAGGAUCUGGCGGUGGGCACCGGCGUUGUCCGAGUGGCGGCCACUGACCCCGACUCGCAGCUGAGUGGGGGCAUCCACUACGGCAUCAGCUCUGGAAACGAGCGCAGCCUGUUUGGGAUCGGCGAGUCCUCAGGCGCCAUCUCCCUUUUGCGACCGUUGGACCGCGAGCAGCAGGAGCAGCACAAUCUCACCGUGCUGGCCUGGGACGGCGCGCACGCGGCCAUCGCUGUCGUCUCGAUCAACGUCGAGGAUGUCAACGAUAACGCCCCCUUCUUCCCCGCGGAGCGGCUGUACGCCAGCGUGCUGGAGAACGAGCCCGCUGGCAGCCUGGUGGCCGUGUUGCGGGCCGUGGACCGGGACACGGGCCCUUACGGAACGCUCUCCUACUCCACGCUCAACCACUCCGCGGAGAGCGUGGCAAGCGAGGGGGCGGGAGUGUUCACGCUGGACCCCGUCACGGGCGAGCUGCGAACGCGCGUGGCUCUCGACAGGGAGAGCGUUUCACGCUACGCGCUCGGGGUACGAGCACAGGACCUGGGCGGGCUGUCCGCCACCGUCGGUGUGAUCGUGCACGUAACCGGCGUCGAUGAGUUCGACCCCACGUUCACGGAGGCCACGUACCAAUUCACCGUCCUCGAGAACGCGCAGGCAGGCGAGAGCGUGGGCGUGGUCAGCGCUACGGAUAAAGAUGGAGGCUUGGAUGGAAUCGUACUCUAUUAUCUAAAAUACCCCUCUGUGUAUUUCGGGAUAAAUGAAACAACUGGACACAUUUAUUUGAAAGUUAACAGUCGCACUGGCCUGCACCAACGUCGAUUUAGACGUGAUGCCAGGGAAGUUUUUCUGAAAAUUCUAGCAAAGAGCCCACUACCCGAGUCGCGAAUAUCGAUUGCUGUCGCAGUGAUGGACGUGACGCACACUGCCAUCGGGAUUGAAAGAGAAGGCUCAAGCAUCGUUCUGGCUGUCGGCCUGGCCGUGGGAUUCGGAGCCUUUGCCGUGGUUCUCAUUGUGCUGCUCGUCGUUCUGAUCCGACGCAAGAGGCAGUCUGGAAAAGGCGGCGGCGGCAAGGCCGGUGGCAGCGGCCGCCCGUCGCAGAUGGACAUGCAGCUGGUGGAGCCCGCAGACAUGUACCGCACGGUGCUGCCCCAUUACUCGGCCGUGGGGCCCGCUCUCAUGGGGCCCGACUUCCCCGACCACUCGGCCCACUCCCACUCCAGCGGACGCGGCUCCGCGGAGGGAGACGCCGCGGCUGACGACGAGAUCCGCAUGAUCACGGAGAACCCGGCUCGUGGGCCGCACGGCUACCACGGCCCGGCGGGGGCCCAUUCGACUCUACGAGGCCCGGAUUCCGGUAUCCAGCACGACACCGACCACCUGUCCGACGUUUCGCACGUCACGCAUCUCUCUUCCGAGAUGCGCGGCGGCGGCGGUCUGGGAGCGAACGAGGUGUCCGGUUUGCGCUCCCCGCUGGCCAGCGUGGCGGACGAGUGCGACUCGGGCCGCAGAUCGGACUCGAUCCGCAACUUCAUUCUGCAGACGCUGCAGCAGGCCGAGCGGGCUGCGAAUCACGGGGGCAACCGAGAGGCCGGCGCGGCUAGCCGAGUGUCGAGAGGCUCCAGCGAAGACGGCCGGCCUCCGGUGGAGGGGGCGCUCACUUCCAUCGUGGCCUCCGAGGAGGAGCUGCGAGGGAGCUACGACUGGGACUACCUGUUGAAUUGGAGCCCUCGCUUUCAGCCGCUGGCCGGGGUGUUUGCGGAAAUCGGGCGCCUGAAGGACGAGUCGCUGCACAGCCAGCAAAAGUCUUCUGCGCUGCGAGCUCGCGUCCAGCACAAGCCGCACGUCCUUCCGCCGCCGCUCAUCACCAGCGUGGUGCCGCCGGGCACCCGCGCCGUGGCGCCGCGUCCCGUCAUGUCGUGGACUACCAUCCCGCGCUCGCCCAUCACGCAUGAGCCCCUCUCCACGUCGCACGCCAUGUCCCCCAGCCUCACGCCCUCGCUGUCGCCGCUCGCCACUCGCUCGCCCGUCGUGUCGCCUUUCGUCACGUCCCAGACCCACGGCCCCACUGCCGUCAUAUUUGGUAACGGGCAGUCUCCCGAUGGGGCGGGCGAAGACCCGGAGAUGCACAUAUGACAACCGUGCGAUUAAAAAGUCUGUUUCUAUUCGGAUCAACGCGAUCCACCCACGCUGUUGGACAUGCUGUGAACACGGUUUUGCUUAAGUGAAUUAACUCUCGCUAAAGGGUUGAUUCGUGAGUCGGUGGUUUCCAUAAACUAGCGUCCGCUCUUAAGAUUCUCAGUCCAACACUGACCCAGCGAUCACCGUUUUAACCACAGUACAGUAUUACAACACAGUAUCAGAGCCUUCCAUUUUUGCAGUAUGAUGGAGAAGUCGACUUCUUGGAAUUACGAAGUCGAACGUAUAAUGCACCGAGGCGGUCCCACCGUGGGCCCGAGUCCCCGAAAGCAUCAAGGAACAAGUAACGGCGGACACGGUGCCAACCCAAGAGCUCCUGCCCAACCUCCUCAAUCCACCAUCUCCACACAAGGAGUCCUUGCACGCAGCAGCAGCAGCACCACCACCACUGGCUGGCUGCCUCUGUGGAGCUCACUGCGGGCUGCACGCGUCCAGCACCAGACGGCAUCACUUUUGCACACACACACACACACGUGCACUGCAUGAAUGCACUUUGUGCACACAGCUACAGGACGUGCCCGUACAUGGUUACUGUGUAUAUACACAUAUGUCCAGGUGUGUGUGUGUGUCGGAGCCACGGGGCAGAGUUUGUCACGUCGGGAUGUCCACGAGGAGUAUUGGUAAUCGUGUACAGUAUUGUGUCUAUUUUUUUGUGCGCUGCUGUGUAUUAACGGUGUCAGAUUAGUUCAGUGCGGCCUUGUGCACACGGCAUGUCGCUGUUUAGCGGUGAGUAGCGUAGUCAUUGUGUUGUGUACGGUACAUUCAGUAUUUGCCUCAUUUGACAAGCCUGACGUAUUAUGACAUUGCUUCCUCCGCAGAUGGCACGUGUUGAGCUACUACCCAGAUGACCCAACAUCAUGCGCCACUGACGCUUGCUUGAAUAUUGCAUGUUUAGUAAUUUGUAACUAAACCCAUUAAAUGUGGGUUUUUUUUUCUAUAAA